AUGACAGAGAUGUUUCCCUUUCGCAAUUUAGAUUUCACUAGAUUUCCUGAUGAGUCUAGUUCUUCCAAAGAUUUCAGUAAAAUUUUACAGCCCUUGUCAGGGUUUGUAGGUUUUAAUGAUCUAAGCGUCAGAAUAUUAUCCCCGUUUCACUUAUGCCAAGAUGAGUGUAUAAAGCUUACCAAUAUCCAGUCUGAAAUUUCUAAUUUGCUUUCAGCAAAGCAGCCUGUAACGUCUUCGUUUGAAAUCUCAGAGGAUCCUAGAAGCAAGUGUAGCCAAAGGAGUAGUGAGAAGUUAGAUGAAACAUCACGGUCUGAGGUUAGUGAACAGGCGCUAUCAACUACAGAAAUCAUUUGGUUGGCUGGAGAGAAAUUCAUACAAUCAAGCUCCGUAGGAGUUUAUGAUUCUUUGGAGCUUGAUUUAUCAUCCUCCACUUUUUUGCUUGGUCCAGAUAAAAAGGAAAGAGAUGUUCAAGUCAUUCAGCAUCUUCUAGCUGCAGCUGAGAAAGUAGAUGAAGAGCAGUUUGACCGAGCCAUCGUGCUCCUCAACCAGUGUGAUGAGUAUGCAUGUGCUGAAGGAAACCCUAUUCAGAGAUUGGUCUACUACUUCACCAAAGCUCUGCGAGUGAGGAUUGGUCUCAAGACAGGAAGAUUGACAUCAAAGGAUAUGGAGAAAUUGAAGUGGAUUGAUAUCACAAAAACGAUACAGUCUGCAAUCCCUACUUCCCUCAUGGUUCACAGACAUGUGCCCUUCUCUCAAGUUGUCCACCUCACUGCUGCACAGGCUAUAUUAGAAGCUGUCGCAGAAGCAAAAAGGAUCCAUAUAGUUGACCUUGAUAUCGGGAUAGGGGUGCAGUUCUCAAGCUUGAUACAAGGUCUUGCCAGUCGACAAGAGUGUCCAGUUGAGCAUCUGAAGAUUACUGCAGUCGGAACAAAAUCAAAAUCAGAAAUAGAAAAGGCAGGUGUGUGGCUUGAAGCUUUUGCAGUAUCGAUGAACUUGUCAUUCUCCUUCAAUAUAGUUAUGGUAUCAGACAUGCUAGAUCUUGAUGCAAGCUUAUUCAAGUUGAACAGCAACGAAAGCCUUGCUGUGUAUUCGUCGUUCCUGCUAUGGACUAUGAUCUGUCAGCAAGAUAGAUUAGAAUGUCUGAUGAAAGUGCUCAGAAGCAUCAAUCCUUGUGUGAUCUUUGUUGCUGAGAAUGAAGCAAACAUUAAUUCAACUGUCUUUGUGAGCCGUUUCACUGAAGCUCUUUUCUAUUAUGGUGCACAUUUUGAUUGUCUGGAAAAUUGUUUAAGUGAUGAUCCAGCAAGAAACAUCUUAGAAUCUGUAAAUUAUGGCCAUGCCAUAGAGAACAUCCUGAUGCCUGAGAAAGAGCAAAGGACAACCAGAUACGUAAAAGUUAACGUCUGGAAAACAUUUUUUACGCGUUUCAAUAUGGUUCAGAUUGAACUGAGUACUUAUUCCUUGUAUCAAGCAAGGUUGGUGGCCAAGAACUUUGGCUGUGGAAGUUCUUGCUCACUUGCCAUGGAUGGCAAAAGCUUACUUGUUGGGUGGAAGGGAACGCCGCUAAUUUCACUUUCAGUCUGGAAAUUUACAUGA